AUGUGUAUAGGUAAUCACACCCUGGCUGUACAGAGAGGGUUAAACCUUGGUGUUGCUUUAUUCAUAGUAUCUGAAGCUUUAUUUUUCUUAGCUAUAUUCUGA